AAGGAUUUGGUUCGAUACAGUCAUCAAUGUAUCACACGUGCGAAACCAAAGAUGCCUUUUCUCUGACAGCCUCCAACAAAAAGAUUCAGAAACAAGACCAGAAGAGCAAAGGGAUUCAGUGGAGAUCGACACAUCUUUCAGCGAGUGCUCAUGGAAGUAAAGCAGCAGCAGCAGCAGCGACGAUACUGCCGCUCCUUCCUCGUCCAUACGCUGCUGCUGCUGCUGUUCCUGACCAUUUUCCCGGUGCUCAACGCCGGCUUACUCCUCACCGGAGGAGAAAUGUCUACAGCUGGGCGAGACGGCGGCGGUUCUUCUGUCUGUCUGAAUGAUCAAUUCUGUAGGAGAAAUGUCUACAGACGAUCAUUUCUGAACUUUAGCUUAGAGAAAAGUCUAUGGGAGGGCGAGACGGUGGCGGUUCUCCUCCGACACCGGCGUCCAGCGAGGACCCUCACCAGACUUCCUCGAUGCCGCUGUCGCCGGACAAAGAAGGCUAGUCCAACCGGCGACCGUGGCUUAAAGCUACAGGUUUCGUGCCGCCGGACUGUGUGGUUUCGGUUUUGGCAAAUGAAGUCAGUUCAUGGGAAGAAGGCCAUCUCCCAUUUAUUCUUCUUGGCUGAUUAUUGUCGGUAAAACUUGCCUACCCCUUUUUUCCUUGCUAAUCUUUGUGGAUCGAUUGUACAAAGGAGUAGAAGAAUUUCCGGGGAAAGAGAAAGAUAUGAGGCCCCAGCACUGCCAACAACAGCAUAUAUCC